AGACGAGAGUCCUCAAAUCCAUUUUCUCUCUCUAUCUCUCUUUAUCCCUUCGUCUUCUUCCUCGGCGACACCACUUGCAGGCGCUAACUCGACGAAGAAGGAAAAGAUUUUCCGGUGUUAGUCACAUCGACGCAGAAGGAACAGAGAAGAAGACGAGAGUCAGCUUCAUUAUCAACUUUAGUUCUUCGACGUCUACGCACAUGAACCGACGGCGACUUUUGGUAUCGGCGACACUGCUCUCGUAUUUGCUCUACGGCAUGGCUCUCGUCUCCGUUGAAGCCUCCGGUGGUGAAAAGCUUAGAGAUAAUCUGGAUUUGACUAAAACGACGACGUCGUCACCGAGCAUAUCACAUCGGAAAAUGCUGCUUCUCUCUCCUGGUACUGGAAAAACAGAAAGGAGUGUAGAGCCGGAGAGAAUUGGAGAAAAGUGCAAGAGUACGGACAUAGUGGUGAACCAAGCAGUAACGGAACCAAUGCCUAACGGAAUACCAGGCUACAUGGUAGAGAUAACGAACCAGUGUAUGUCUGGAUGCAUAAUUUCGAGGAUCCACAUCAACUGCGGUUGGUUCAGCUCAGCUAAGUUGAUAAACCCAAGAGUCUUCAAGCGUAUUCACUACGACGACUGUCUCGUCAACAACGGCAAGCCUUUGCCUUUUGGCUCCACUCUCUCUUUUCACUACGCCAACACUUUCCCUUACCAUCUCUCUGUCGCCUUCGUGACAUGUGCUUAGGUCGUGGCUUUUUCUUUUAGUUUUUUUUGUUUAGGAUGAGAUAGUAGAAAGAAACAGAGGGAAAUUAAGAGGGUCUUACUAGAUACGGAAAUAUGAGAUUAGUCGUAUUCAUACCAUACCAUCCACUUUUGUUUUUUGGUUCUCUUGGGAUGUGAAACAGUGAUAGAUAAAUGAAUAUAUAUCCAAACUCUUUUUUCCCUCUCUGUUAAGCUUUUCUCAAUACCUAUUGUUGUAGCUGGAAAUGGUCAAAACCCCCAGUCUCAGACCGUAGAACUGGCAUAUUGGGUCAUGGAGCCCUUAAGACCACUAAGAGAAAUAACCUCGGAAGCAAUCUUUGAAUUUGAACAUGGCUAAGACUUUAUCUAUAGGAAAAAAAAGAAGAAGAUGAAAUCCUGUUGAUUGAAGAACGAGAAUUUCAUUCGGACCAGUUGCUUUAAGAAUUUCUUACGCUUGGUAUCCACAUUUCGUUUAGUACGAUCCGAUUGGUUUACUCAUUUUUUAGAUUAACCAAUUAUGGUUUGUUGUAUGAGUUUGUACUUCCGUUUUCUCGUGUAUCCCUUGGCUUGAAUAAUAUACUGGAUGAUAUCAUACAAAUUUCAAAAUAAAAACAA